AUGCGACAAGAUUACGCUUCUGCAUCUACCUCGCACAUUCUUCCAUCUCUUUAUCCAAGUUUGAUACUGAAAGGUGCAGGAACAGGAGCUGGUGGCCCUAUCGGUCGUGGUUAUCAUCAGCAUCCUGAGCGAUCAAUACCAAUUCGUCCCCCACCACCAUAUUCAGCAGUUUCUCAUGAUCACCGCAGUGUUGGUGCCGUAAGGCAACCGCUGACACCUCGGGACGACUCGGUAGAUUUGCAGAAACGAUUGGAUAAACUCAAAGAAGAGCGAGCAUUUCUGGAACAAGCAGUUUCUUCUCAUGAUCCUCGCGGCGUUGAUGCCGUAAGGCAACCGCUGGCACCUCGGGACGACCCGGCAGCUAUGCAGAAACGAUUGGAUAAACUCAAAGAAGAACGAGCAUUUUUGGAGCAAGGAUCAGUGAAGCCAGCAGCGAGCGUGACUGAAAUUGAAGAACGUUUAGCAGCUCUGCGUGGUGUUUCUGUUGAAGAGAUUCGACAUCCAUCAUUGGUACGAGCUGAUUAUUGUCAUUGCUGGUUCAUUUCGUUACGCUCAAACUGA